GAGCUAGCCUCAUCCACACUUCACGAAAACUUCCGCUUGUGGAUGACUACUGAAGAGGAGAGGAAAUUCCCAGCAGUAAUGCUACAACGCAGUUUGAAAGUAACUUUUGAACCGCCACCCGAAGCUGAUUGGGAGUUUAUAAGAGGUCUGCUGAUGUUCGUCAUUUACGGUGGACGGAUAGAAAAUGUUUUUGACAGUCAAGUGCUGGAAUCCUACCUCAUCACUUUUUUUAAUGCUGAGAAAGUUACUGGGCGUUCUGGUCAACUUUUGGCAAAAGGCAUCGAACUUCCUGCAUUGGCUAGUAUUCAGCUGCCAAACCCAAAGGAGUCUCCGGACCCAAUAGCAGAGGUUGUAUCGUUGGAGUUCAUUCAUGCAAUAAAACUCGUGAGUUUUUAA